AAGUUGAUAUAUAAUUGGAUAGAUUUUGAACUAACUGCAUCUAGCAGUAUUUUAUUGUGUAUACUAUCAUAUCGUAUUGCAUUUUCGUUUAAGUAAACGGUGCAUGUUUGAGACGUGUGAUUAAAAUACAGUGGUCACUGACCUAUCUAACACCUCGUCAGCGCAUACACAGUUCCACAUCAGCAAUGCCAAAGAAGAUUGUCAUAGAUUGUGACCCCGGAAAUGACGACGCAAUGUCCAUUUUCAUGGCACUGAGUGACCCGGAUAUUGACCUUAAAGCGAUCACGUGCGUUGAAGGAAACACACGAGUAAAGCAAACAGCACUGAACGCUCUUCGAACCCUGCAAGCGACAGAUAGGCUAGAUAUUCCAGUUUAUGUAGGAUGUAACGCGCCCUUGCUUGGAGAAGUUAAAGGCCGUUCUCCGUACCAUGGUUCAGACGGAUUUGGGGAUGUUCCGGAUCCCAACGCUCCUGAUGAGAGUCAGCUUCAGGCAGAACAUGGCGUGAUGGCUCUUCUCAGACUGUCAAAAGCUUACAAAGGUGAUCUGCAUUUGGUAGCGAUCGGUCCACUUACCAACGUUGCCAUGGCAAUACGACUGGAUCCCGAGUUCGGUACCAGGCUCAAGUCGUGCAGUAUCAUGGGUGGAAAUUAUCUAGGAAAGGGAAACAUCAGCGUAGGUGGAGAGUUCAACUUCUAUUUUGACCCGGAAGCAGCUUACGUUGUUCUGAACCAGUUAAAGUGUCCAAUAACAAUUAUGCCCUGGGAAACAUGUAUGCAGCAUACAAUAUCUUUUGAAACACACACACAGAUGAGAAACGCGCAGUCUAAGAAAGCUGAUUUGAUGAAGAAGAUUGACCAAACUAGCGUUGAAUUUGAUAAGAAGCGAGGUACGACUGCCUUUAUACCUGCUGACGAGGCCAUUAUGGCGUGUGUACUUCGCAGUGACGUCAUCAAAAAUAGUGUUCACGAGUACGCAACAGUAGAAACAAAAGGACAAUACACGUAUGGUCAAAUGGUCGUUGAUUGGAGAGGAAAGUUACAAAAAGGUCAUAAUGUUACCAUAGUAACAGAGUUAGAUCAAACAUUAUACGAACAUUUAAUGGCAACUGGUCUUGCUUGAAGAGUUAUUUGAGAAGUAAUAUUUUGUAUACAUGUAGAUCUAAUUUGAAAUUAGUGAUAACCAAUCAUGUAUGCAUUAUUCAAAUAAUUCAUGAUCGUUUUGUAAACAGGAUUUUUAGAUUUUUACAAAUAUUUACAAUUGUUAUUUUCUCAAUUUAUUUCAGAUGUUUUUAUUGCUCAGGGUUUACAGACAUUUUCUGAUAUAAAAGUACAUUAAUGAGCCGUGCCAUGAGAAAACCAACAUAGUGCGUUUGCGACCAGCAUGGAUCCAGACCAGUCUGGUCAGGAUCCAUGCUGUUCGCUAACAGUUUCUCUAAUUGCAAUAGGUUUUGAAAGCGAACAUGGUGGAUCCUGACCAGACUGCGUGGAUACGCAGUUAGGUCUGGAUCCAUGCUGGUCGCAAACGCACUAUGUAUGGCGCGGUUAUAUAGACCGCUCUACUACCACUACAGUGUUGUACAUUGUAAAAAGAAUCGUAUGCUACACAUAUGCGUUAAAUGCGAUGUUGAAACGAAACUAUUAUACCGGUAAGUAAUUACAUGGUUUGACACCUGAAAGUAUCAAAUUUAAUUAUGAUUACAUUAAAUUUAUAAUAGAUAAUCUGAUUGUCACUGACUUAUAUAUAUCGGCAUAUGGCGUAGUGGGAAUUCGAUUUCUGUUAUAGCUGAAGUUUGCAAUGCAUAUCGAAAAAUACUGACGGCUUAAAAAAACAACAAUUAUAUUAUAGUACAUUUUGUCCACAUAUAAAUUGAUAAGCCAACUCCUACAUUUCUGUGUCUGUUACAUUCUUAAGAUCUACUGUAGAUCCACUCCGGGAGAACUACGUUCCAACGCAAGUCAUGUCUCAACGAUAUCAUGUGACAUAUCUCAACGACUUCUGGGUACGGUAUCGCUCAAUAUGACACGGCUUAUAUUAUUUUCAUAUGUACCAAUUACUUUUAUUAUAUUUACUUAUGUCUUGACUUGAACAUUUAUUCAGAUUCUAAAAGUAACCGCAUAAAUUUAUUAAAACAUUUAAAUUUUAAAAGCAGUUGUCUGUUAUUUAGAAAAUAGAAGCAUUUUACUAUUUUCCAGAAUAAAACAAAUAUACAACACUUUUUCAACAGCAAUACUUACUGACAGUCAAUGAUCGAUUAAAGGCAAUGCCAGUUUUAAUCUUAGAAAUAUAUCUCUGCAACGGCUUUAUCAUAAACGAACAAUAUUUAUUAAAUAUCAUGUCCCUCACUCUAACCGAUAA